AUUAGUGGCUCGCUUGGGCGAUCUUCUGAUCCAACAGUACAAUCAAGACUUCCCCGAAUUGAGCUAUGAGGAGAAAGACGAACAUUCAUUCGAGGAUAAAAGAUUUCUGCAAAUCAUGAAAGAAUCUUUAAGAAAAAGAGACGGUCAUUAUGAAAUCCGACUUCCUUUCCGUAAGGAUGAUCUUCGUAUGCCAAAUAAUAGGCAAAUGGCUGAACAAAGAGCAUAUGGCCUUAAGAAAAGACUUGAGAAGGAUGAGUCAUUUAAGAAGGAUUACGUGUGCUUCAUGAACGAUGUCUUAUUGAAAGGACAUGAAGAGAUGGUACCCGAAGAACAGCUCCACCGGACUGAUGGGAGACUCUGGUACAUUCCCCACCACGGAGUGUACCACAAACGUAAAAAAACAAUCCGGGUGGUCUUCGACUGUACUUCGGCCUACAGAGGUACCUCUUUGAACACAGAGUUAUUACAAGGCCCAGAACUUACAAACACCUUGCUAGGUGUACUUCUGAAGUUCAGACCGGAAACAGUAGCUGUGAUGGACGACAUCGAAGGAAUGUUCCACCAAGUGAAGAUUCCUGAAACGGAUGUGGACUUUCUGAGGUUCUUGUGGUGGCCAGUUGGCGACACUACUCAAGCACUGAGGGAAUUUCGAAUGACUGUGCAUCUAUUCGGUGCAGUUUCAUCUCCCAGCUGUGCAAAUUUUGCCCUCAAGCAGACAGCUGAGGAUAAUGAAGGGAAAGCUGAUAGCUCAGCACUGAACACAAUUCGUCACAAUUUCUAUGUGGAUGACUGUGUUAAAUCAGUUCCAGAUGAAAACCAAGCUAUUAGUCUGGUUCAGAACUUAAAGAAAAUAUGUGCAACUGGAGGAUUUAAACUUACCAAAUGGACCAGCAACAGCCGUUCUGUCCUUGCAUCUUUACCUGUGGAGGAAAAGGCAAAAGAAGUAAAGAACAUUGACCUUGAGAAAGACAAUCUUCCUGUAGAGAGAGCACUUGGCAUGCGGUGGGAUGUCGAGUCCGAUACAUUCUUCUUUGACAUCACUCCGAAACAACAACCAGUUAGUCGAAGGGGAAUCUUGUCUGUGCUCAAUUCUGUUUACGAUCCUCUGGGAUUCUUAUCGCCAGUGAUGCUCACAGGGAAACUGAUACAGCAGAGGCUGUGUAAGACCAACUGCGGAUGGGAUGGGGAAAUCCCACCUGCCCUUGCAUCAAAUUGGAGCGAGUGGCAGAAAGACCUUCAUGGGAUUUCCGACUUCAGAAUUGAAAGAUGCUACAAACCCGUGGAUUUUGAUGUCACUGACACCCAAUUACACUACUUCUGCGAUGCCAGCGAAAGUGGCUAUGGGACUGUCAGCUACAUACGAUUUACCACCGGAAGCAAACCUCCUCACAUUACGUUAGGGAUGGGAAAAGCAAGGGUGGCACCCCUGAAAGUGGUCACAAUCCCCAGAAUGGAGCUCACCGCAGCGGUUUUGGCCGCUCGUAUUGACAAUAUGCUCAGGAAAGAACUGGGGCUUCAGAUCUCAGACUCCUUCUUCUGGACUGAUAGUACUUCUGUCCUGAAGUACAUUCUGAGUGACACUCAGAGAUUCAAGACCUUUGUGGCUAACCGAGUAUCCGUGAUUCGUGACCUGACACAGAAAUCUCAGUGGCGUCACAUUAAGACUGAUCUCAACCCAGCAGACAAUGCGUCUAGGGGAAUGUGAGCUGAUGCUUUUCUGAAAGAAAGAUGUUGGCUUAACGGUCCAGACUUUCUGGCCAAAUGCGAAGCUGACUGGCCGAAACUUUCCCCUCAACCACUGGUACUUUCUGACAGUGACUCAGAGGUAAAGAAAACUGUUGUGGCCUUCGCAACAACAGUCCACGAAGACCCUCUGACUCGCUUCAUCGAAUCCUUCUCAUCAUGGGACAAACUCAUCAGAUCUACGGCAUGGCUUUUGAAGUUCAAAGGGACUCUGAGACACUUGAUCCAAUGAAAAAAGCAGGUACCUCACACAGUGCAUCAGUUGAAUCAGAAUAUGUGAAGGACAAGCAGCUAUCUGACCAGCAACUGUCCGUGCAGGAUUUUACAGAAGCUGAGGAAUCACUUGUUGCUUAUGUUCAACAGAAAGCCUUCAGGGAUGAAGUGAAUUCCUUAAGAGCAGGCCAAGCUGUAAGAAGGAGCAGCAGACUCUACAAGUUGGAUCCCAUUCUUAGUGAUGGAAUACUUAGAGUGGGAGGUAGAUUAAGGAAGUUGGCUAUGCCGGAGGACUUCAAACACCCGGCCAUUCUUUCUAAUGUAGACCACUUCUCAAAACUUCUUCUGAACCACACCCACCAUCUGGUUGGUCAUUGUGGAAAAAAUCUGAUGCUUUCUAAGCUAAGAACAAAAUAUUGGAUUCCCAAAGCCAAUCAGGCUGCAAGGAAAAUAACCCGCGAUUGCACACUCUGCAGACGAUGGCAUGGCAAUGCUAUGACACAGAAAUUGGCUGAUUUACUGCUCAUACGCAUAACACCAGAUCUCCCCCCGUUCACUCACAUUGGCUUGGACUAUUUCGAGCCCAUAGAAGUGAAGAGUGGCCAUAGCCGGGUGAGGAGAUACGGAGCCUUGUUUACAUGUCUUGCCAGUAGGGCUGUACACUUGGAGAUGGCUUACUCCAUGGACACAGAUUCAUGUAUCUCAGCCUUGCGCAGAUUCAUCUGCAGACGGUCAAAUCAGAGAAAUAGUUUCAGAUAACGGAACAAAUUUCGUGGGCGCAGAGCGAGGAUUAAAAGAAGCACUUGCUCACCUGAACAUGAAUAGAAUACAGGAUUCAAUGAAUACAAAAGACAUCAAAUGGAGUUUCAACCCGUCUUAUGGUUCCCACCACGAAGGCGUGUGGGAAUGUCUCAUUCGAAUCAUAAAAAAAAUCCUUUACUCCAUCACAAAGGAACAGACCCUGAAUGACGAAUGUCUUCAAACAGCCUUGUCUGAAGUGGAGGCAGUUCUCAAUGCCCGUCCCAUUACUGUAACAUCUGGAGACUCCAAAGAUCCUGAACUCCUAACUCCAAACCACCUUCUGCUCUUGAAAGGAAAACCCAUUCUUCCACCCGGGCUCUGAACUAUUGAACUAUUGAACUAUUGAAACAUAUGUGAGGAAAAAAAAGAAAUG